AUGGCUCAGUACUACCCCAAUCAGCAACAGCAGCAGGGCUACGCGCCCCAAGGCAACGCACAGAAUCUCCAGUUCUUUCCCUCGUCCUACUCAGUAUCUGGCCACACAACUCCCUCACAAGCCUCCUACGGUGCCGGCUUUGGUGGGGCACCGAACCCCUCUGCGCAAGCUUAUCCCGUCAGUGGUGGGUAUGGGGGCUUCGGGUCUCCCGCGGCGGGUGUGAGUGGGAGGAUGGGGGAACAGGGUGGCUUGCGGACGGGUUGGCUGGCUGCGUUUGGUACGGAGGGUUACGAUGGGGAACCGCCUUUGUUGGAGGAGCUGGGUGUGAACUUUUCGCAUAUUCGGACGAAGACCCUAAGCGUCCUCAACCCCUUCGCCUCAAUCGACAACCACCUCAUGGACGAUAGCGACCUCUACGGCGCCCUCCUUUACAUCGUCCUCUACGGCACAUUCCUCCUUCUCUCCGGCAAAGUCUUUUACGGCUACAUCUACGGCGUCGCCGUCUUCGGCACCGUCGCCCUCCACCUCAUCCUAAGCCUGAUGUCCCCCGCCCUAGACACGGUACCACCCGCCAACGCCGCCGAUCCCGCAAACUACAACCCCCACCACAAGCCCUCGCUGUCCAGCGCUUCAGCUGCUGGUCAUUUCUCUGCUACCUUGACCUUCCCCCGCUCUGCCAGUGUCUUGGGCUAUUGCUUCUUGCCGCUCGUCUUGACUGCGCUGAUCGGUAUCUUAAUUCCUAUGGAUACGUUGUUCGGUUACCUUUUGACUACUGCGGCGGUCGGGUGGUGCACGUAUAGCUCUUCGGGGAUGUUCUGUGCCGUAGCGCGCAUGAGUGGUAUGCGCGGUCUGGUAGCGUAUCCACUGGCGCUGUUCUACGUUGUGUUUGGUAUCAUGGGCAUUUUCUCGUCUCGGGGGACGGGCUCGCUCGCUGCGAAGACGGGUGCUGCUUGA